UCUAGAUCUAGAUCUAUCACUAUUAUUUUAUAUUUACCUUCUUUAUUUUGAAAUAGAAUUCGCUGCAUUAUUUUGUUUUAUUUUAGAAGGCCUUGUAAAGUUGAACAAAACUGUUCUGAAAUCCAAAACCGAGGGAGAGGUAAAGCACAAUGAAUAAACUAGCAACAAUAUUACUUUGUGCAAACUUCAUUACAGUUUUGUUUCCCCAACCAGGGUACAUUCAUCCUGAUGAGUUUUUUCAGUCUUCAGAAAUAGUUGCAGGUGAUAUUCUUAAAGUCAAACACUCAAGAGCAUGGGAAUUCAAUGAAUCAUUUCCUGUACGUAGUAUUGUCUUCCCAUACCUGGUUAUUUCUCCAUCAAUGUACUUGCUUCGAUGGUUAAACUCAACAGGUGCUGCAAGUCUCCAGUUAUCAGCAGUCAAGGUUGUCACAGCAACAAGACUGCCACAAGCUUUUCUUAGUGUCAUCGGCUACCUAGCAACUGGAAAACUAGCAAGUGUUUUUGGCAUUGAUAAAUAUUUUAGCACAGUGCUUUUCUGCAGCUCUUAUGUAUGCUGGACUUACUUGACCAGGACGUUUUCUAAUUCAGUCGAGGCUGCGUUAUUUGCAGUGGUGCUACUUCUGGUCCUGCCAGGAUUCAGUUCAUGUAAAACAGAUUCUGAUCAGUUGGAGAAGAAAUCACAAAAGAAAAAGACUGAAAUUUCAGAUAAGGAGCAAGAUGAAGACAAAGAUCCGUCAAGCACUCGAAAGCCUACUGACAAUGAUAUAUCAGAUACAGCAGAGCAUGACAACAGAGAGGACACGGAUGAAAGCGAUGAUAAAAUAAAAGACAGUGAUGAUGUUAAAUUGAUCUCUAAUGUGGAUAAAAAUCUUCCUUAUGUAAACAAUGAUGGCUCUACAUUUAUAUCUUUUCUUUUAGGCGUAGUUGUUGUUGCUGGGUUUUUCAAUCGGCCAACAUUUCUUGUGUUUGUUCUUAUUCCAAUGCUGUUCUGGAUACGACAAGUGUUUGCAACAAACAGAUUUUUCUCUCAUUUAUUCUGCCUGAUUAUAGGCUCUCUUUCAGCUUUUUCUUUUUUUGUGGGAGCUGAUACAUUUUAUUUCAAUCCUAAAUUUACCAAGACUCUCUUAUCUAUAAUGGAUCAUUUAGUAUCUGGCCAGUAUUCAGCAAACUCUGUUAUUGAGAGUGUUCAGGUUUUUACAUCUUCUUUAGUUGUAACCCCCUGGAAUUUUAUAAAGUAUAAUACAGACUCGUCAAAUUUAGCAGAACAUGGCAUUCAUUCUCGGUUCACUCAUUUUUUUGUGAACCUUCCCCUGCUAGCUGGACCAUUAUACCUUGUGUUUGUGAUUUCUUGUGUGCUAGAAAUGUUGAAGCUUACUCAAAACCAACGACCAAAAGGGAGGAAUACUCUCUGGUUAGUGCUGAUGGUUCUUGUUCCAGUUCUCUGCUUGUCUGUUUUCCCCCACCAGGAACCAAGAUUUCUAAUCCCAAUCUUGCCUGUUCUGGUUGUCAUGGGCGCAAGAAUGCUUUCAAAAGGUGUGCCAGGCAGGUUGUCUUUUAUUGCUUUGUGGAUAUUCUUCAACCUACUUUUGACUGUUGUGUAUGGCUAUAUGCACCAAGCAGCUCUCAUUCCUGCUCUGUCAAUCUACCAACAAAAGUUGUCUUCCAUCAAGUCAUCAUUAGGAGAACACCAUGCAAUUUUUUACAAAACAUACCCCCCACCCCGCCAUCUCCUACUCCUAGACUCAUCAAACACCCAAGUCUCCAUUCACGAUUUGGCAGGUGCACCUGUAAAUAAGCUUCUGGCAAAAAUAAAGGAAGAAAAAAAGAUCUGUACCAAGAGUAAAUCCAACUGCUAUGUUUACAUUUUUCUACCAUCACCUGUGAUGCCCCAAAUUCAGAACCAUCUAUCUGGCUAUAAAGUCUCAACCUCCAGCAUAUGCCCGCACCUUUCAAUAGAAGCUCCCCCACGAUUUCAAGCUUGGUGGAACAAUAAGUUAAGCUUUGAUGACUUCAUAAUGGAUUUCUGUUUGAAUAUUCUUAAGAUAACGUGAUUGUUAUAGUGGAGACAUUUUUGUGUGUAAUCGGUACAUUGAAUUUAUCUGCUGUGCAUAAUAAGUAGAUUUAGAACAAUACUCUUCAGCUUGAGACUCUACAUAAUCAAAUAUUUUCUUGCUUUACUGUUUUAUUAAUUUUUGUAUUAUACUUUUUAAGGACAAAUUAUGUUGGUCUUCCAAUAUAAGGUUAGUAAAGCUAAUGCAUUUAUCAUGACAGAUCUGUACACUUUUACUCAUAGCUUGAGUUUUGCCAGCAUUGGCUAUACCAAUAUUGUCAUUGCUACAUCAAUGUACAAUACCAGUACUAAAUAGUUUUUAUUACAUCAUUUUUCUAGCAUUUUUUAGAAAUAUUUUUUACAAAUUCAUCUGAGGCAGCAAUUUAUUUACAGGUUUUGAGUCAAAAUUCAUAUUAUUGUACUUGAUAAUUUAAUGCAAAGCUACAUAAUCUGUUUUAAAAAACUUUGGAAUACAAAAUGAAAUGGAAUACAAAAUGAAACAAGUGGGAAAAUGUUUCUCUCUCUCUGGAAACAAUCAGAAUACAACUGACAGUUUGGUCUGGUUAAUAAAUAGUAAUGCUAAUGUUAGUGGAUAGUAAACCUUUAAAUUCUUUCUUUGUGGAGUAUGUAGGCUACUUAGCAGCUAGUACAUGAGGCUUGUAGCAAUAAAUAGAAAAUUUAACAAAAUUGUGUUCAAUUACA